UUGUUGUUCCGUGGUAAAGAUAGAUAAAUGUUGAAAUAUUUCUGUAUUUACUAUUUACGGGAGCAGAAAAAACUUUUCAUCGCGAAUAUCGUGCGUCAGUGAUUUCACGGCCUUAUUGGCACAAAAUGUUUUAUAUUUUGUGAAGUGCUAAUGUACCGAAACCAGGAGACCAAUACUUUGUGAUGUGAUCGCAACUGCAGACACGACACGUAUUUGUGUUAUCACUGUGUCUAAAGUCUUGCUCUAGUCAAUGACUGGUAGUCAUGGCAUCAUGUGGAUAAUAGCGACCAAAACGUAGAAGCGGGAUCAUGAGUCGUGCCAGAGAACUACGACAACGGAGGCAACAAUGGAUGACAGAGCACCCCCGAAAGCUUGCUGGGGAGCUAAACAGAUCUCAAAAAUUUGUGCUCGGACUCGUAGCACUGCUGAUGUUCGACAUCAUCUGGGUUUUCAAACUGGAAGUCCUAAAUACUCUUUACAGAGUACCAGAGUUCCAAAAGCCAUUUUUCAGUACCUACAUUAGAUCUUCGAUGUUUACCUUGUAUCUACUCGGAUUUUGCUUCUUUCCUCCAUGGCGAGACCAUUGCAACCGACCAACGACUUAUAUGUACACAGAUCCAAAUGUGGAAGACGAUAACUUUUAUUCGGAAGCCAAUACAAGUUUGAGCGACCCGACGUUCGUUCCGAUUAAAACUCCAGAUCAAUGCGAACGCUCUUCCGGAACCGAAAGCGAUGAUUCGUCGAUAAGAUCAGUGAGAUUUAGCAAGUUGGCAGAAGUACGUCACAUGUCAGAAACAGUCGCUACGGAAGCUGUUUUAGCCCGACUUAGUUAUCAGGCCAGCGUCAGGGCGGGUGAAUAUGCCAGACGGCAAGCUAACAAAUUCUCCGCUCAGAAAGUUGCCAAGAUCGCUCUCAUAUUUUGCAUUCUGUGGUUCAUCUCCAGCUACACGAAUCAACUGUUGCUGGAUGAAGCAGGACCAGGAAUUGUAACAGUAUUGUCUUCGAUGUCUAGUUUAUUUAUCCUAUUUCUCGCUGCUUGCUUCCCAAAUAACGGAGGAGACAAAUGCACCUUGUCUAAGUUGGUUGCAGUGUCCAUUAGCAUACUUGGUCUCAUACUAGUUGGUUAUUCAGAGUUCAAAAUCGAGCCGAGUAGGAUACCAAAUAGCAUAAUUUUAGCUCUAGUCAGUGCAUUGACGUAUGCAAUUUACAUUGUAUUUUUAAUGAGAAAAUCGGGUAACGAAGAGAAGCUGGACGUUCCAAUGUUCUUUGGCUUUGUUGGCUUUUUCAACCUUGCACUUCUGUGGCCUUUUUUCUUCAUCCUUCAUUAUGGACAUUGGGAGGAAUUCGAAUGGCCCACCCACCACCAAUGGACUGUUCUAAUUGUUAAUGGCUUAUUUAACUUUCUCAGCGAAAUUAUUUGGCUCUGGAGCUGCUUCUUCACUUCCUCCCUCAUCCCAACCCUGGCAGUCGGCUUAACAGUGCCAAUGUCCAUGAUGCUAAACGUUUUCCUGAAGAAGCAUACAAUGUCGUGUAUUUUCUACCUGGGAACGAUACCGAUGAUUUUGGCAUUUUUAACAGUUUCUUUUUUAUCUUACUACGAUAACUGGGACCCAGUAUUGGACAUGCUGAAAAGACUGUAUGCCUGGAUCUGCCGCAGAGGCAGAGCGAUCAGAAUACCAGACUUGGAGGCUGAGCAGACCGAGUCACUGAUUGGCUUGAACAGCGGAGAGCACGAAGCUUAAAUUAAAGACAAUAAUGCCAGGUCAUGUUACUUAAGUUUUGAAAGCACUAACUUGAAACAAUAGAUCUUUUAUUGUACCUAGAUUUUUUACGAGCUUUUCAAACAAGCACAAAGAUACUACUACAAUGAUCUUGAUCCCCAGGUGCCACCUUAUUGGGUCGUUCCUUUUAGAUCUCGAACCGAUUAGCGAGAAGAUAGUGAAAGGAAAUUGUAAUGAUAAAACGUCACAAAAGCGUUUAUCCUCGAAACUUUUACACAAUCGUUCAAAACAAUCUACCACCUUCAAUUCUUAUCUUGUUGAAAUUAAUACUUGAACAGGGUGGCCACAUGUCAGGAAAGUCAGGGAAAUGAAGUAGCUAUCAGGUAAAAUAAAAAUUUGUAUGUUUUAAUAUUAUUUUGGAAGUAUUUCCUAAUAUCAAUAUAAAUAUUUGUUCAAUGUGCAUUCUUGAAAAAUAGAAUUUGUUUCUUAUUUUUUUAUUUGUAGUUAUUUAUUUAUUUAUUUAUUUAUAGUUUGGAUACAUGUCCUUUACUUGAUUAAUCCAUACUUUCAUGUAAAGCGCAUUUUGCUGGCUUAUUUGACUAUUUUUCUUGGCACAUUAUUGAUACAUUAUUCAAUCGUGUGGCCACCCUGUUGAAGCUAUAUCCAGCCAAAACUAAGUAUCAUGAAGAAAUGUACAGCAAUGUUACCCUAUCAAAGUGUUCUUAUUUUACAAAAGAGUUUGCAUUGCAAUUUGCUAUUUUCAAUUGCUUUCUUUAGUUGGAAAUUUUUAUUCACUGUUACAAAAGUACUGUUGAACUUCAGAGAUAUAAAUUACAGAAAAGUAGACGAAAGAGCGUGUUAUGCUAGUUUAUCGUUUAAGAAAUGUUUCGAGUGGUAUACGACAACUAAGUCUGAAUAUGAAAGAACACACGUCUAAUGAAGCAUAUAAAGAUAAUAAUUACAAAUAUUAACCUAACUUUAAGCUUGAAGUCUACAUCCAUACAUAGGAAUAUGACGUGAACUGAAUUACAAAUGUGUACCUUACGACAUGUAAGUUUUAGCCUUGAUCAGUUCAAAAUUUCAAAUCAUGAAAAUUAAAUUUUUUCAUCAUUAAAAGCUUUAAACUUCAAACUGCUUAACUAUUAAGGUUUUUUUCAUUUUAAACUGUUAAAUUUUUAAUAUUUAAAUUUAAAAUGAUUGAGUUUGUAAGAAAAAGAACUCCGAAAUUUUUAACUAUUAAUGCUCUCAAGUUUGAAACAAAGAUAAAUCAAAAAGGGUUCAAAUAACAGUGGUCGAAUUUCAAACUCUAUAUAUUUGAAAUUAUCUAAUUAAUCAAGUUUCUAUAUAAAAUUCUUCAAAUUUGAACGUUAUGAAAUAAUGAUUCUCUAACGGCCUUAAUUUCUGAAUUGUAAAAUUCUGAAACAAAAUAAUUUUCUAAAUUUCAAUAUAAAAUAUAAUUUAUGCAGUCGGUAAAUUCGAAGUUAUAUACCCUUUGUAAUAAAUUCUUGAAUAAAAUAAAAACGUUAUUUCAUAAAGUAGAUAAUGCCAAAUUAAUGAAAGCAUAUUAUCAUUCUUGUUUUAUGAAAGAAACCAUUAUUUUAUAUGAAAAAAUUGUAAACAUAAAAAAAUAAUUGUUUUAGCAAUAAUUUUUUUAAUUGAAUUUUUCCUUUUUAUCGGUUCUUACCAAUUAAAAAAAAUGGUUGAAUUUUAAUAAAUCAGCCCGUCCUAUUUUUUUGGAAAAGGCAUUGCCUGCAACUCUGCUGUUUUCAAUCUUGAAAAUAAGUACAUAAACUUAAAAUAUAGUUAUUUGUUGUCAAAAUUUUUAUUUUCUAAAACAUUUUUUCAACUAUUACAGUCAUAAAAAAUUAGUGUCAAAAUUGGAAACUGUACAGUCGAAGAGAGUGUUCUCCCCGUUCAAAUAAGCCUCCACUGAAUAAAAUUCAACCAUUCUUUAACAAAUUGGUAAGAGGGGAUAGUAACAAAAAAUUCCCUUGAAAAAGAUGUAGCUGAAAUAAUAUUGUUUUUGUAAGUUUUGAAGUUUUCAUUAAAAAUUACGUUUUUUAUUUGAAAUGGCAUCAUGAGUAAUAUUGUUUUCAUUCUUAAAAUGAUAGAAAAAAUAUUUUUUCAGAAUUUUUAUUUUCACAACGAAAACUGCUUUUAAUCGUUCAACGCUGUAGAGUUCGGAAUAAAAUUGAUAUUAUUAUUUUAGAACGAUUAAAGUCGAAUAUUUGCAGUUUCAAAUUUCGAAUGUGGGAUACUUUAAAACUAGUAGCGUUUGGAAUUUAAUAAUUUUUUAUUCUACCCUUCAAAAUCAUACAAUUAUAUAUUAUAAAAUGGAAAUAGCAAUUUCCAAAAGAAACGUUCUUUAAAAAUUAUUCUUUGGAAUUGUACAAUUUCCAAUGUCUUUAAUUUGGAAAGGGUCUAAUUUCAAAGGCUUCGAAUUUGUUUAAAUUCUGAAUUGCUUUUACAUGGUAAAAUUCAGAAUGAUCUUGAAAUUCUUGACAUUUAAAUAUUAAACUUUGAAGACUUUUAAUUCAAUUUUAAAGGUUUAAAUUUGAGAAUUUGAAUGACCGAGAAAAAUGUAUGAAAACCGAAAAAUGACCUUUUUAAAAAUCGGUUCCGGCUCUUACAAAUAAAGGAAACAGCUUUCUUAUAUGUUUUAAGAACAAAGAGUAGAAUCUGAUCUUGGACGUGAUAAUAUUCUUGCAAGUAUUCUUACCACCAGGACUGAUUUUUUUGACAUAUUUUUUAAUUUUUAUUUUAUUGCCAUGCGUCGCGUACUUAGUUAUUGCUUGAUAAGAUUUAAUUCUAAGGCUAUAGUUUAACAUUAAGACAUCCUUAGUGAGAUAUUCUUACAGCUUUGCGCUGAGAAAGUAAUUUUAUUUUGUGAGGGAUAAUGCAUUCAAUCCUGGACCAAUUCACAAUUGCGACGUGCUAAAUCUAAAAUUAGUCGAAAGCUUGUAAAUAAGUGCAAUUUCGAAGAAACCGAACCUAGGAUUAUCAAAAUUUUCUAAUUGUAAGGGGAAGGAAUCAAAAUCUUGGAAAAACGUGCAAUUCUAGUCAAAUAAAGAUAAUUUAUUUCGUCCUCGAUUAUUGAAAAUGUGCAAUCUCACGGCAAUUGAAAAGCGAUCGAAUUUUUUGAAAAUUCUCAAAUUUAAUACGCACAGCGUGUCUGAAUUGUAAUCUUGAAAGCUUUUAAAGACAUUACAUUUGCAUAAUUCAAUUAACAUGUGUUUUGAUACGAAGUAUUUAGACUAUUACUUUUCCAUUCCAGAUUAGUUGAUUGAUAAUUAUACAGAAGUGAUUCCCUAUUAUGUAAUAAAUUAUUGUCUUCGGUAUGAAUCAUUUGCGGUGAAAUAUAAGUAAAAAUAAGCUAGCUUGGUUUUGUGAUAUAAGCGAAUAUGGUGCGAAAAGGCGAAAUGAUUCAGUAUAAGGUGUAAAUCUCAGUUUACAAAAUUACAAACUAUAAUCCUGUUAUUGUAUGUAACUGAUCCUUUAUGUUCCGCUGCUGUAUAUUUCAUGUAAAUAUUCUGUAUAAUUAUGCUUAGAAUUGUGUACACGGUGUAUAAAUUAUACUACGAUUAAAGAAGUUAAUGUAAACAAAA